AUGAAUUCGACAGUGCGCAAGAUACUCGUGGUCGGUGGAAAUGGGUUCAUAGGUUCUGCAGUUUGCAAAGCCGCAUUAGCACGCGGAAUCCAGGUGACAAGUGUCAGCUCAUCUGGAAGGCCUUAUCGUUCUGCCAAAGGACACGCACCAGCGUGGACAUCCAAUGUAGACUGGCAACGCGGGGACGCACUGCAACCCCAGACCUUCGCGCAUCUUCUUCCCAAUGUGGACGGCGUAGUGCACACGCUCGGAACGCUCAUCGAGGAUAGUUCUUAUAAACGUGCCGUCCAGGAUGGAAACGUCGCCGCUCUGUUUGGCAGCCUCACCAAGAGGUUUUUCGAUAGCGGCAAUCCUCUAGAGAAAAGAUCAGACAGCGGCAAUCUGACAGGAUACGAUGCGCUGAAUCGCGAUUCUGCUUUACGCGUGUGCGAGGCGUUCUUGUCUUCCCCAGCCGGGACCAGUGAUCCCAAUGCACCUAGACCAUUCAUAUACGUCUCUGCGGAGGACAUUUUCAGGCCCGUGAUUCCAGCUAGAUACAUCGAAAGCAAACGGGAGGCCGAAAAAGGGAUCGAGCAGAUGAUGAGUGGCCACGCGAACUAUCGCGGCGUGUAUAUACGACCCAGCUUGGUGUACCACGCUCAUAUUCGACCUCUGACGACGCCUGUGGCUGCCCUGCUGGACCUUUCAGCUACUAUUCAUAGCAAGGUACCUCGAAGCAUCCCCACACCCUCCAGCGUGCUCCGAUCGCUCGGUGCCUCAUCGACGACUGCGGGGGAUGGACAAACAACAUCCGCAUUGGACUCCGUUGCGAAUGCCCUCUCUAUCCCCCCCAUCCAUGUCGAUCACGUUGCAGACGCGAUCUGUGCUUCAUUGGACUCGCGCAAUAAUGUUAGAGGAGUAGUAGACGUGCGCAGAAUGCGCGAGCUCAUUGGAUGGUCAGGAGAUGGUAAUGCAGAUCCCGGGGUGGGCAUGGCAGGUGCACAUUGA